GAUAAAAGCGAAGAAGAACCCGAAGCACGCUUAAAGGGAAGAAGAAAAGUCACGGUGGACAACGUUCGGAAGGUUAUUUGUUGUUUUGAGGAGUUUAAACGUCGGUACGUGGAACCUAAAAUUGAGGCGUUGCUGUCAAGACUGGAUCUGGGUCUGCGGUAAACUAAUCCGGGGUCCGUGGACAGCAGUAGGGAUGUUGGCGAGAAACGUUCUGAGCAGAAGUUUCUCCUCCCACCAGCUAAGUAAAAAUAUCACCUUCUACAUGAGCCAGGAGACCCCUGGCUCGCCAGCGGGUCCCACGCAAGCCUGUGACCAACAUAAGCCUCUAACGCUCAUGCUGCCAUGGAUGGGAGCACGUCCCCAAGCUGUGGCCAAGUACUAUGAGAUCUACCUGCGCACCGGCUUUGACGUGCUGGUUGUGGAGAGCGAGAUGCAAGCCUUCCUGUGGCCUCGCUUGAGUUUAGAGCGCGGAAAGAAGUUGCUGGAAGUGCUGCAGAGCGAUCGCUUCGUGUCCCGGCCGCUGCUCGUCCACGCCUUCUCCAUCGGCGGUUACACAUUUUCCCAGCUGCUGGUUCUGGUGUCCGAGGAGCCGCAGAAAUACCAGACUCUCACAGGGAGGAUAAAGGGUCAGAUCUACGACAGCCUGGUGGCCGGGUCCGUGGAUACUAUGGCUUCAGGUGUGGCCAAGAUGGUGUUUCCUCAGUGGGAGACGGCAGUGAAACAAGUCGGCCUGCUUUACUUCAACGCGUUCAAGCGCCAAACGACCGACUACUACAACCGAAGCCUGGAGGUGUUUUGGAACUCUCCCGUCACCGCCCCCGCACUCUUUUUCUACUGCGACAACGACCCGCUGAGCGACACGCGCGCCAUGGAGGAAGUGAUCAGUUUUUGGCAGGAGCGCGGCGUGGACUUGACCGUAAAGAAAUGGGAGCGUUCCAAACACGCCGGCCACCUGAAGACCCACCCGCAAGAGUACCUGGACACUUUGGGCUCGUUCGUCCAGUCACUCCAUAUCGUUCCUCUGAAGGCCAAGAUGUAGCUAUGCAGCAUUUGUAGACCUUAAAAACAUGUUUAUUUGCCGUCUAACUUGAAAUUACCUUCUCAGGUGUGUUGUACUACUUACAAUAGAAGGUCUAUUUAUUUCUAAUGCCCACUUGCAUGAGAGAAAAUAGGCUAAUUCCUCAGAUUGUGGAUGGAGACUCAACUGCACAGAAGACAGGGCUUUUUUUCUAGCCAUUUAAUUUAUAUUUUGUAGGGGUGUAACGGUACGUGUAUUUGUAUUGAACCGUUUCGGUACGGGGGUUCCGGUUCGGUUCGGAGGUGUGCCGAACGAGUUUCCACACGGACAUAUUAAGUAGCGUAACGCGCGUUGUGUAAACAAUGCACACCGAGGCACAACACACGGCAUGCUAGCAGCUAACGGGCUAGGAUAGACUGACCAUACGUCCUCUUUUCACCGGACAUGUCAUACCGUCAUCUCGAAUUGGUCUAACAUUCAAACGGAAGAGACAAGUUCUUGAAUACGAAAACAGCACCCACCCUGUCCAGAAAGGAAUACAGCCUCAUUGUUCUAAUACAGAUAAGAUUAAAAAAAAGGGAGUACUCCAACUCCCACAUUCCUUCGACCUUCAAGGUAAAGCACACAGUUUACUUGCAGACAUAAGAUACAAACACAGAAAGAGUACAAAAGGAAAAACACUAUCUGCUCUAAACAUGACUGAAUAAAGAAAGAACUAUUAAACAUAUAUGCAUUCUCCACAAUGUAUAGUACUGUAUCGGUACUUUUGAAGUUGACUUGUUUUUUUUGCUUUCCGGACAGUGUUUUUCCUACCAAUGUGAAUGCAGUAGAACUUCUGAAGUUUGAUCGCAAUCAAUUACCGGACUUCUAAGUUGUUCCUAUUUCAAAGCAACAUUUUCAUGUUUACAAAUAAGUGGCUUCUCAACACAAAACAUUGAUUUCUUGUCAUAAGCUAUGUCAUUUAUUCACAUUUUUGCUUGGUUACAUUCUCAUGCCUUAUGGUAUCAUAUUUGUUUGAC